ACAUCAGAUUUUCACAAAAGUCUUAAAAGUAGAUAAAGAGAACCCAGUUAAACAAAUGAGACAAAAAUAUUAUACUUGGUCAUUUAUUUAUUGAGGAAAAUGGUCCAAUAUUACAUAUCUGUGAGUGGCAAAAGUAUGUGAACCUUUGCUUUCAGUAUCUGGUGUGACCCCCUUGUGCAGCAAUAGCUGCAACUAAAUAUUUCUGGUAACUAUUGAUCAGUCCUGCACACCAGCUUGGAGGAAUUUUAGCCCGUUCCUCCGUACAGAACAGCUUCAACUCUGGGAUGUUGGUGGGUUUCCUCACAUGAACUGCUCGCUUCAGGUCCUUCCACAACAUUUCGAUUGGAUUAAGGUCAGGACUUUGACUUGGCCAUUCCAAAACAUUAACUUUAUUCUUCUUUAACCAUUCUUUGGUAGAACGACUUGUGUGCUUAGGGUCGUUGUCUUGCUGCAUAACCCACCUUCUCUUGAGGUUCAGUUCAUGGACAGAUGUCCUGACAUUUUCCUUUAGAGUUUGCUGGUAUAAUUCAGAAUUCGUUGUUCCAUCAAUGAUGGCAAGCCGUCCUGGUCCAGAUGCAGCAAAACAGGCCCAAACCAUGAUACUACCACCACCAUGUUUCACAGAUGGGAUAAGGUUCUUAUGCUGGAAUGCAGUGUUUUCCUUUCUCCGAACAUAACGCUUCUCCUUUUAAACCAAAAAGUCCUAUUUUGGUCUCAUCCAUCCACAAAACAUUUUUCCAAUAGCCUUCUGGCUUGUCCACAUGACCUUUAGCAAACUGCAGACGAGCAGCAAUGUUCUUUUUGGAGAGCAGUGUCUUUCUCCUUGCAACCCUGCCAUGCACACCAUUUGUUGUUCAGUGUUCUCCUGAUGGUGGACUCAUGAACAUUAACAUUAGCCAAUGUGAGAGAGGCCUUCAGUUGUGUAGCAGUUACCCUGGGGUCCUUUGUGACCUCGCCGACUAUUACACACCUUGCUCUUGGAGUAAUCUUUGUUGGUCGACCACUCCUGGGGAGGGUAACAAUGGUCUUGAAUUUCCUCCAUUUGUACACAGUCUGUCUGACUGUGGAUUGGUGGAGUCCAAACUCUUUAGAGAUGGUUUUGUAACCUUUUCCAGCCCAAUGAGCAUCAACAACGCUUUUCCUGCGGUCUUCAGAAAUCUCCUUUGUUCGUGCCAUGAUACACUUCCACAAACAUGUGUUGUGAAGAUCAGACUUUGAUAGAUCCCUGUUCUUUAAAUAAAACCGGGUGCCCACUCAUUUCUUUAACUGGGUUCUCUUUACCCAGGCACAGUGGUGUAAGUGGUUAGCACGGUCGCCUCACAGCAAGAAGGUUCUGGGUUCGAGCCCAGGGGCCUUUUUGUGUGGAGUUCGCAUGUUCUCCCUGUGUCUGCGUGGGUUUCCUCCGGGUGCUCCGGUUUCUUCCACAGUCCAAAGACAUGCAGGUUAGGUUAAUAUGGGACGGCCUUGGGCUGUGGUGCCCUUGAGCGAGGCACCUAACUCCCAACUGCUCCCUGGGUGCUGUUAGCAUGGCUGCCCACUGCUCUGGGUGUGUGUGUGUGUGUGUGUGUGUGUGCUCAUUGCUCACAUGUGUGUGCUCACUGCUUCAGAUGGGUUCAAUGCAGAGAGGAUUUUCACAAGUGUGUAAUGAAUAAAGUUGUGCUUGUGCUGUGCUUAUCUACUUUUAGGACUUGUGUGAAAAUCUGAUGAUGUUUUAGGUCAUAUUUUUGCAGAAAUAUAGAAAAUUCUAAAGGGUUCACAAACUUUCAAGCACCACUGUAUCUGUCUUUGAUUUUCACAGAUGUAAUUACAUCUGGCCACCACUAGGGGAGCUUCUCUUCCAACUCCUUCUCUCCGGAAAGUUUCAGAUCUUUACCUCAGAAUAUGAGGGGUUUUUUUUCUCCAAACUUUGAAAAAUACAGGCUAUGGCUGUAGUAUUUAAAAAUUGCAUUUCAAAUAAAACUGUUUAGUAUUUUCUUACAUUGAAACAUAAAUUGAUUUAUAAUAUCAUCCUGUCAAAUCAAUUAAAACAUGAGCUUUUAAAAAGUCAAAUGUUGAUGAUUUGCCUUCAUUUGUAAAUUGUGAUGGGACGUAACCCAAACUCAGGAUCGAACCAAGGCACUUGGAGCUAUGAGGGUACACUACAUUACUGUUAUUAAACCUACAGGCUCAUUAAUUUCUACAGGAUUCAUAAUAAAUGUCACACCCUUGCAGUUUAUUUGCGCUCCAUGAAGGUUUCCUCAUUGUCCUUCAUCUCUUUUGUAAAACACAGAGGAACAGUUUGACUCUUCUGCUCUCUUUGGCUGGAUUUUCAUAUGAAGCUCCAGAUGUAUUUCCUCAACUUCAGUGUUUUCUGUGACUUAGUAGUAAAUAUGUGUCAAUAAAUUCACUUUGAAAUUGUUAUAAAAGUCAGUAAAAGAUCAGUGUUAGCUGUCUUCCUUGUGAAAUCUUACUUUAAUGGUGUGGGUGUGCAAGAAGACAUGACAGAUGAGGGGAGAAAAAGCGCACACACAUUGUGGCGUAAGCAAGAUCAGCUCCCACUUCCGUAUACUCCAGUGUCUGAAGCUCAACUGCUCAAGUGUUUCCUGACUGAAGCAGUUCAGCCUCUGAGUGUUUCGGGUUUGUAUACAGUGUUCAGAAUUCAGCAUGAAGAUCGUAAAACUUCACUUCUAUCUACUUGUGUGCUGUGGAGCUGCAGAAGGUUUCAUCGAGCAGUCGGUGAAUUUGGGACAAAAUGUGACUCUAAAGUGUGAGGUGUCUGUAAGAGAUGUGUUCUGGUUCCUGAUGAAGCCGUCAGAACCUCCAGUUUAUAUAUUACGCUCUUACUCAAGCCAGUCCCUGAGGGCAGACUACAGUAACACGACCUUCAACAAGACUUUCUCACUGCAAUAUAACAGCAGUUUAUUUAUUCACAAUAUCAGUACUAAUGAAUUAGGAGUGUAUUAUUGUAUUCAAUCUGGUUCACAAUCUGAUAUCAACACACCUCCCAACAUCAGCAGUGGAAUCAGACUUUACAUCCAGAAUCACUCAGCUGAGAAUCAGACAUCUGAAGAUAAUAAGCAGUCGAAUCAGUCAGCAGAUAAAUGCAAAGGUGUCACACUCUGGCGAAGUCUCUUCAUCAUACUUUUAAUAAUCUGCAUUGUUGCCUUUGCAGGUUUUAUAGUUCACCGCUGCAAAAGACCUCCAAAAACCCAAGCACAACCUCCAGACCCUCGUUUACAGCAGCAUCAGAGCAACACCAGCGCUGUGUAUGCUGAGGUGCAGCAAACCUCGACGAACAGACACAUCAUGAUGACCAACCUCAACAGCACAUACGCUCUCCUGCAGCCCCCGAACCCAUGACCCAGAGUGACCCCACACAGAAGAACGACCUCACACAGCUGCAGGUUUGAACCCAAACACAUGGACUUCACAUGAUGUUUCAUCAUAUCCAUAAAGAAGCCUCAUCUCUUCAGCUACAGAAGAUAUUGUGAGGGACGAUUAAAAAAGGACUCAUUUCUGAAAUAAGAUGAAUCGGUUCAUGAGCAUGAACAGAUUUUUUUUUUUUUUUAAACACAAUAUUUAUAAGCUAAAGUGUUUUUCUAGAGUCACGAGUCAACUCACAUUGUCAGAUUCACUUCAAGAACAAAUGUCUCGUCAGUGUUCUUACUAGAACAGAAGAAAAGCAUACAGGUUGUUCUUGCAAGACUUUGUCUUCCCAUAAUGCACUAACAGUGUUUCAGUGUAAAUAUUAAAGUUCGGUUAGUUUACAGUGACUGUGCAAUAAAAUAAAGUGGAAAAAAUGUACACAGUUCUCCU